UCUCUCUCUUCGUCUUUGGAAUUUUCAGCUAUGGAGGCCUCAAGGCAGCAGCUAGCGAGCUGCUCUGAACUAACACGAUCUAGUUCAAAACCAGUGCUCGAGGAAUUCAUACCCAUCAAACGCUCGAGCUCCGAAGGCUCAGAGACAACAAACAUGACUUCUGAUAAAGCAAAUUGGAUGACAUCUGCUCAGUUGUGGAGUGAUCAGAGCUUCCCCUCUUCUCAAAAACCCGCUUUCAACGGAAAACAGAGGAAUGGUGGAGCUUUCCUCCCGUUCUCUAAGGAUAGAGAAAGCAGAAAGACUCUCUCGGACCUUGCCUUGGCUUCCACAGAGAAGGAAGAAAUAGAGAGUCCUAAAUUCACAGAGCAUGAAGCCUCCGGGGCCAACAAGAUGAAAGAGAACUACAACCAGGUUCAAGGGGGUGGAGGAGGAGGGUUAGAGAGAGAGGAGAAUAAGGGGAGUAGUGGUGGUCAGACGCAGAGGAAGGCAAGGAGGUGUUGGUCUCCUGAUUUACACAGGCGUUUUGUUAGUGCACUUCAACAGCUUGGUGGGUCUCAAGUUGCCACCCCAAAGCAGAUCAGGGAGCUCAUGAAGGUUGAUGGAUUGACCAAUGAUGAGGUGAAAAGCCACUUACAGAAAUACAGGCUCCACACAAGACGGCCAAGCCCCACCCCACAAGCAGUUCCCACACCGGCUCCACAACUAGUAGUCCUGGGUGGCAUCUGGGUCCCACAACCUGACUUCUCUAACCCCUCUCCCAAUGUUAACCCCUCCAACCCAUCACAAACUCUCUACACCACAACCCCACCAACCCAACCCCACCACUUCUGCCAGCCAACAAUGGCCCAAGACCACCUCUACGCGCCCACGCACCGAACCUAUUGUGACCAAAUGGCUCUAGCCCACAUGAACCCAUCUCACCCGAACGGCUCGGUGAUCGAGCAGAGAGGUGGGUCGGAGAGCAUAGAAGAGGAUGGAAAGUCAGAGAGUGGGAGUGCCGAGAACGAGGUUAGAGAUGCGGGUCCAGCCCUCUCGCUAUCUCGCAUGCAUGGCCAUCGUCAUGGGAAUCGUGGCCAUGAUGGCGAUGACAUGGAUGAAGAUGGGGACGGUGAUGAUGAUGAUGGGGAUGAUGGGGAUGAGGAUGAUAGUACAGGGAGUGAGAUAACACUGAAGUUUUAGCUUAGGUUUUUUUUAGGUCUAAUGUGUGAUUUAGAGCUUCCUAGUGUUGUAUCUAUUAACCACUGUAUGUUCUAAGAAUCUGAAACCAAUUUCCCACCUAGAGCAUCUGUUUCCUCGGCUUAUAUAUAGGACUGACAAUUGUGUCUUUAGAGUUUUGAUAAAUGACCAAAUUAUCUUGUUCAUCUCCAUAUGGUUAUGAUGUUAAGUCCUUGGUUUGAGGGAAUUUCUUUAGGAAUUCAAGUGAAAUCAGCUCUUUUUCUC